CCGACGAGUGUGACUCAGGACGCGCUGCCGUGCUGUCCCGACGUGGCAACCCCGCCGCAGAGCCGGGCACAGCCCGCACCACGGCCCGCACAGCCAGCCAUAGCGGCCGGGUUCGGCGCAUGCGCGCGGGGCGCAGCGGGGCGUGGUGGCGGGGCCACCCGACCGGGGCACUUUGGCAGCGCUGCCACGCCGCCGCCAUUCCGCGUCGCGUCCGCGAACCCAGCCCGGCCCCGGCGUCCUGCAAAACACACCGAAAAGAGCUGAGCUACACGAGAAUCGACGUGAGAGUUUGGGCAGCGGCGUGGCGUAGUGACGCCUACUCCCAUCCACGCCGCCCACCCAUGGGCUCCUCUUGCUUGAUUCCACAGCUACUCUGGCACAUUUCGAAACAUGUUUUAUAUUUCAUUCAUUCCCAUUUUCCACGCACUGCGCCAUUCGCCGACACCGUAUGACCUCUGCGUAGACGUUGCAGCGGUGCCGCGUACAGUAGGGCACGCGUACAUGACACGCACCGCGCCCAGGGCGGGACGGGACGUAUGGGUUCAUUGCUUCUGCUAGAGUGCUAGAGAGUAGACGCACCUUUUUCUUUCCUUUAGCGUUAUGCGUGAAAAGCACACUCUUAGCUCCGACGAGUGGGCGGCCUAGUCGCUCUGGUGGUUACCCUUUCUUUUAUAUUCGCAUAUCUAGGAAUGUGUAUGUGGAGUUUUGUUUUUGCUAUCCCUCUCACUGUUCUGUUAGACUUAGCCUCUACAUUUCGGCGCCGGCGCGAUUAUCCCUCCGCUCUUCCUCUGCUCCAGACCUCAACCCCUAAACGCCCUCGAGAUCUUACAUCUGCACUAACGCGGCUCAUUUAAACCCGACGCGACGCAACCAGAGAGGGCAUUUGUCUUUACUCUCUCUCUCUCUUUCCUUCUCAACAACAAUAAUAAAAUACAAUUACAAUUUAUAAUAAUAACAAAAACAAACCUUAACCUAAACUGUGAGUGAGUCUGAAACAACUAAACCUUGCUUUGGCUGACAGGUUACCCCGGGGCAGGCAUGCCUCCUGGCAUCCCGAUGGCAAACGGAGGCGCGCAAGGCGCGGUGUCCCCCCUGGGCCCCAUGGGCCCCAUGGGCCCCCGCACAGGGUCCCCCCCAGGCCAACCCCAGCCUGCGCCCCCGGGCCACGCCGGCCACGCCCAGGGACCCCCCGGAGCCAGCGGACCCGUGCCACAACAGCCGGCGAACGGGCCGCCAAACGGACCCAACGGGCCCUCCCCCAUGGCCGCGCUCAUGUCGGUGACGGACAACUUGCCGCCAGGGUCGCCGCGGAGCGCGGGGGGCAGCCCUCCCGGCGUCCCCGUCGUGGGGCUGCCCGGGGUGCCCGGGGACGGCCGCGGAGCGGUGCCCCGGUCCGCCUCGAGGGGCUCGCAGCAUUCGCCCAACUCUACAGGAUCAGCGAGCGGUAGGCGGUCAUCGGGCAGCCGGCACGUGAGCUCCACAACGGUGACGUCCAGCGAGGCGCCCCAGGGCGUAGACGGAGGCCCGGGCACCCCGAGCGGCACCCCGGACCCGGCCCAGGCCCCGGGCAACCCGGCAGGACCGCCGCCCAACCCCGCCGCCAACGGAACCAACUCGUCGCCCGGGACGGGCACCCCCGCCCCCACCAGCACCACCCUCAAGUGCACCCUCUGCCAGGAGAGGCUGGAGGACACGCACUUCGUGCAGUGCCCGUCAGUGCCCCACCACAAGUUCUGCUUCCCGUGCUCACGGGAGAGCAUCAAGCGGCAGGGCGCCGGCCAGGAGGUAUAUUGUCCGAGUGGCGACAAGUGUCCCCUGGCCAACACCAACACCCCAUGGGCCUUCAUGCCGGGUGAAAUUAACACCAUCCUGGGCGAAGACUACCCCGUCAAGGUGGAAAAAACCAAGCGAGAGAGUUAGGGACACGCCUCUGGAACCUCGGCCGACACCGGGGUGGAAUUUAUUUCUUUGCCCAACCGGGCUUGUGGCGAUGAGGCUCACGGCGACGCUGUGCUCCAACUCAUGCCAAACCCUGGCCAGGAGCCUACGCCUGUCCUCUCGUCGGACGGCCCUCUCCCCGCUGCAAAUGAUGACCAGGAUGCGGCACCUUUUUAUGCUCGUCUUGAGAAUGCGUUUGAUAGAAUCGGCCCCUCUGUCCAUCUGUCGAUUUAUCUAGGCGUGAGUGGGUCUGGCCCUGAGGUUGAUUGAGAGUUCCUCGAUUUUGUUUUGAGUUGAGGGAAUCUAAUGUUAUUGUCGUCAUCAGGCAGUUUUGAAUUUUAUUGUUGCUGGUAUGGUAAUGUAAUGUGUAAAAAGAUAUGAAGUUUAAAGCCUGUGAGGACUUGCUGGAAAAGUUGUUGCCCAGAUUUUUGUAUUGUGUUACACAAUUGUACGUACCAUAGCACACAUGUCUCUCAGUGUAGCAAACAGUGCGCCUCAAAAUUAUCUAUCUAUAUUUGAGACGCUUUAACCCUCACUGAGAGGUGUCAAUCUGAAUUGAAAUAUUGAUGGUCAACUUUGUAAUAUUAUCUGUUCUGGGCUUAAUUUUAGAGGAAAGUUGAAAGUUAAUAUCAGAUCAUAAGAACAAUUUCUGUACUAUGAAUGUUGAAGUAUGUAAGUUUGUUUACACUUUAAUAGCAUUCAUCAGGCAUCCCAUAAAUCUAGUUUGACUCGUCAAUCAUAGUAUGAUAGUUAACUUUUCUUUGCAAUCAAAAAUAGUCAAUUUGAAAUAAUUUGAAAAUAGCCGAAACCAUAUACAAUACGUACUAGUAUUACCAGUCAUGCUUUGUACUGAAUGUCGGUGUGUAGAUUUUCUUUAUUAUGGUUAUCACAAAAAUCUAAUAGAGCAAUACAUGGGCUACUGUAACUUGACUCUUGCAAUCAAAAACUAAUUCCCUUCAAUUAAAUCUCAAGCAACUUUUACUUUGUGGGCAAAGCUUUUUCUGUUACUAAAGAAUUCUGUAAAUACAUUGUGUGAAUAUUUCAUAUUUGUACAUAGUUGUAUGAAAUAAUAGAUUUACAAAUUUAUGUCUUAAUUUAAAACAGAUAAUCUUGUAAAUUUGUUUUGUGCUGAAUUGUGCUUAGUUCCUUGUGGGCAUUUCUAUGCAUAUGUGUUGUGUAUAAAUACUUGUCCUAGUAUGUUAGACCACUUCGUAUCUUGUUACCUUUCUAUACUCUUUGUCAUAAUACUGAAGUGGCACUUCCAAAAUGCUCUUUUCCAUUUUGUUUUUAAUUUUUGUAUUAUUAUAAUUGUAAUUGUUAGAGGACAACAAUGGAUAUGUCCAUGUGAAAGUAAACCCCAAGGAUCUGCGCAGAGCGCUGUUUGGAAUGAGGAAAUCCCAGUCUUAAAAAACUUCCCUUGUAUGAUUAUUGUUAAAUCCUAGUCACUGAAUGCCAGGACGACGGUUGCUAUGUUGUCCCAUGUAUGGAACUCCUAAACUCGCUGGUGUGUGUUAAAACAAAACAAGUAACCCUUGUGUAGCCUAGUUGUAUGGCUUUCCAGCCGUUUAUUGUAUUAUGUAUUAAAAUGUAUAGAAGCAAUUAGAAAAAUCCCAUUUGCUGCUGCCAAAAAGUGGUCAUAGACUUGUGGACAUCAUUAUAGAUAUAUAUAGCAAAUGCUGACUAGAUUUGAAUUCAAGCUAUAAUCUCUUUAUUUGAAGUGUACCUUAAGUUACAUUUGCAAUUUCAGUCCAUACAAUCACAUGUCUUUUACAUUACCAAUUUAGAUUCUUUCUUUUUUUUUUUUUUUUUUUUUUUGAGCAAAUCUGCUGUUUGCGUCUGUUUACCUAAUUUUGUUCUCAUUUUACCAAGUCACCCCUUACCAAUAUUAUGGCUUAGCUUACUUAUUGAAAGUGAAGCUUGUUUAUCAAUUGAUAUUCAAAUUCCUUUUUUAAGCCAUGGGGGAGUUGUGGAAAUUGAAACUAAGAUCACUCCUCUUGUGAUAAUACCUGCAGCUUAUCAGAGGCGAUACCUAAUAACAUUCAUUUUAUCUAAUUUGCUUCAUCCUCAUUCUGUGUAUUACAAGUAGUAGAGUACUCACAAAUUUAGCUAUGAAGAAUAAUUUGUCAGUGUUUUGUCUUAUUAUGAACAUGUUUUUUAGUAUUUGUUAUACUAAUCAGUUGGCAUAAAAUAAUUUGAAGAUUAAGCUUGAGGCCCUGUCAUCCAUUUGAGUCUUUUCACCGAGAGAAAGCAAAACUCACUGGAAUUCCGUUAUGUUGAAUAUUCUGUUUUAAAAAGCUUUGGAAUAAUCAAAAUUUGUAAGGAACAUAACAAUGUUGUAUCUUGAACAAAGUACAGCAAUUGUUGCUAUGUGGAAAUUAUUCAAUGAAUACCAUUUCUUUGGUACUUAAAAUGUUCUGUCCUUGCAUGAAUGAAGAUGAUGGGAUUGAAAAUGACUGAUGAUAAUUGCUGUGAUUUUAACUUAUGGUGGCAAAUUACAAACAGAUACAAGUUACAGUUGACUUUGGCCACAACAUUUCAUUUGAGAGUCCUGACAUGAUAUAUUUAACAUAUAUGAAUAAGAAGUUUGUCAAAGGAUCUGGAAUGUGGGUGAGUGUGAGUCUGUAGUUUUGUAUUGAAAAUUACUGAUUUCUUGUGAAAAUUAUAAGAACUACUCAGUAUUUUUUUUUUGUUGGAAAUGCAUACUUGUUUUGUUAGGACAACCAUUAUUGGUUACUUUUACACUGUAUCUUUUGCGUUUGUAUAUACAUUUACAUUAUGUGUGAAUAGUCCCUUUUCUUUUCUUUUUUUAAUUUAAAAAACAAAUUAUCAUGUAACCAUGUGUGUGUGACUGUUUUUGUAAAUUGUUUCUAUUCAUAUUGAGUGCCAAUUUCUUUUGUUGAUAUUCAACAUUUUAUCUGUUACUAUUAUUUUAAUCAAAAUGUAGAUACAUAUUCAAAUGAGAGAAGCCCAAUUAUACAGUUGAAUUAAAUUGUUGGAAACUAUGGCCUGUCCUUGAUACUCAUAGUUUGAACAAACUAUACUGUAUUUCAUCUUUAUUUCCACUUGUUCUUACUGUCAUAAUUUUAUCAUACCUGCUUGUAGUUUAAUCCACUACCAUUUACACCGCAAGGUAAACAAUUGUGAAAUAAAACUUAUUUUUUGUGUUACCUGAAAA